AUGGCGUUUCCUCCGCUUGCGCAUCUUGGACCUGCCGAGGAUCAGCUACUAGUGCUGCAGGGCGAUCAUAGGUCCUCCUAUGUUUGGGAGGGACAGCUAUCGAUGCAGGCUCUCCGCCCCAAGAGGCCUGAUGAUUUGUGGGAGUUUUUUGCCGAGCAUCCUUUCCAUGAGCGCGUAGUAGAGAGCCUCCAGGCUACUGGAUUAUAUACCAUUUUUGAGCUUGGACGGAUGCAGCUUGAUUGGUCGCUCAUCACGGCCUUGGAUGUCCAGGUUUUAUACGGACUGCGCGUAGAGGGACGCGCCUUCGCACUGCCCCACCACCGGAGAGGGAUGACUCGUGCACAGUUGGCGGACAUGAUGGGGCAGUUGACUGGUUCUAGACCUCAGGGUGACCGGGGUGGCAGUCGCGUGGCUUUGUCAUUCAUGAGAGAUCAGAUGGCGGAUUUUCACCCAGAUAUUACCCACAAGACGGACCAUCUUUGGAUUCAGAGGUACAAUCGGUUGGCGUUGCUCCUUCUUUUCGGGUGUGUCUUGUUCCCGGACACUUCGCGGAGUAAAGUGAGUAUGCGCUUUCUCCAUUGUCUUGAGCAGCUGGAUGAGCUAACACAGUACAGCUGGGGUGCUACUGUUCUGGCGUAUCUAUAUAGGAGCAUGUGCCGGGCGAGCGUAGGUCCAGCGGUUGAUAUAUGUGGUUUUCUGCCCCUCCUACAGCCACCUCUACCACUACUCCCGCCCGGUGAGGAUUAUCCGCUUCUCCCUCUAGCUAUCAGGUGGAUUCUCCGGCGUGGGACCUACCGAGGGAUGGAUGCUCAUCAUAAUCUCCCCCUUCUUAGGGAUGUGUUAAAUAUGUUGGUGGACGGACAGCAUCGAGUUGCUUGGUCAGCUACCCGCUUGUUGCUCAGUCGACCGACUGAUUUGAAGCACCUCCGUCUCGUUGAUCUUCUGGGAUUACGUUAA